CGUGCGGAAGUUGAGCUGCAGUAAGGAUGCACGUGCUGCUCCGCGCAUUUCAAAGUAAAGAUGGCAGCCUGCGUGUGUCGGUGCUACGAGCUGGUCGGCAGACGAGCCUUGGCCCUCUGCUCCCGCUCUGUGGUCUCCUCAGCUUGGAGAGGAGAUGCCUAUGGGUUACCCAGGAGCCCAGCUGCAGCUGUGCAGGUGCGAUAUUCUUCAGGACGUAAAGGUUUUCUGGGUGAGUUUGUGGAUAACCUACAUCAGGAGUUCAGUAAAAAUAAGAAGAUGAAGGAGAACAUAAAGAAGUUCAGAGAAGAAGCCAAGAGGCUUGAAGAGUCCGAUGCCCUCCAGCAGGCUCGCAGAAAAUAUAAAUCUAUAGAGGCGGAGACAGUGAAGACUUCAGAGGUGUUUAAAAAGACUCUGGGUUCCCUGUCAGAGACCAUCAAGGAGGGUUUUGAGGAGGUGAGCCGUACUGACAUCGGUAAGAAGCUCAAGGAUGGAGUGGAGGAGGCAGCCAGGACAGCCAUGCACUCUGUUCAGUCUGUCUCCAGAGGAGGAGAAAAACUGGGCAGGACCAGCGCCUUCAGGGCAAUCUCACAGGGUGUGGAAACUGUGAAGAAAGAGAUAGAUGUGGGUGGUGCCGGCCUGUACAGAGCUCCGUCUCAGCUGAGGAAAAGAAGUGAUUUCUCGUCUAAAGGAGCAGACAGUGACUCCAGAGUGUUUGAGGCCAAUGAAGAGGCCAUGGGUGUCGUUCUCCACAAAGAUUCAAAGUGGUACCAGCAGUGGAAGGACUUCAAGGACAAUAACGCUGUCUUUAACAGAUUCUUUGAGAUGAAGAUGAAAUAUGAUGAAAGUGACAAUGCCCUAAUCAGAGCCUCCAGAGCUCUAACAGACAGAGUCACUGACUUCCUAGGUGGUUUUUUCUCCAAGACAGAGAUGUCGGAGGUGCUGACUGAGAUCCUGAAGGCAGACCCCACCUUUGACAAAGACUCUUUUCUCAAACAAUGUGAGAAAGACAUCAUUCCUAACAUACUGGAGGCUAUGAUCCGUGGAGAACUGGAAGUGUUGAAAGACUGGUGUUAUGAAGCUACGUACAGUCAGCUGGCCCACCCCGUCCAGCAGGCCAGAGCACUCGGGCUGCUCUUCCAGUCCAAAAUCCUUGACAUCGAUAACAUAGAUCUAGCGAUGGGGAAGAUGAUGGACCAGGGCCCAGUGUUGAUCAUCACCUUCCAGGCUCAGGUUGUCAUGGUGAUCCGCAGCCCCAAAGGAGACGUAGUGGAGGGGGAUCCGGAGAAGGUGAUGAGGAUGAUGUACGUUUGGGCCUUGUGUCGUGACCAGGAGGAGCUGAACCCCAAUGCAGCCUGGAGACUCCUGGACAUCUCGGCCUCCAGCACCGAGCAGGUGCUCUAAGAGGAGAAGGGAGCAGGUCCAUCUGGGACAAACAAACGACACUACACUGAGAAUUUGGCUGGAAAACCUGCACAUUACUGAGUAGCUCAGAAUUUUGGUUUCCAGGUGGAGUAUGAAUGUAGAACACUGAUGUUCAUUUUACAUGGACCAACCUUUGCCAUCUCCCUCAUUAUUUCAUCCAGUGGUACAGUCCAUCCAUAUCUAGAUAGAUCCAAGAAGACUGGUGGGAAUAAACGGACAUAGCACCUGAGGAGGAUGUUUGAAACCUAAAACUCACUUUAAUGCUCACCUUUGUGUUUGUCAAAUGUUGUCCACAGAAAACACACCACAUGUUUUCUCAAGCGGAAGUCAUUAGGCUCUCAUUCACUGUACAUUCUGUAUAUUCUGAAUAAGAAGAAAUCUGCUUACAUCUGAAAAUAGUCUUAACUUCUUGUAAAUAUAUGAAAUGUUGAGCACUGCUUCAUUGUACGUUUGGGUGGGACCAUGUUCAGCUGUUGUCAUCGUGGCAGCUUCAUUGUGUGAGAAUCAUUUACCAGCUUAUGUUGAACUUUUUUUUCUGCAGUUUUUUGUUUUUGUUUUUUAGUGAACUGCUUGGUUUACUUUUAUUUAUGUGGCCUUAUGAGAUGAAAGCUCAAAUGAUUACUGUACUGUUGUGGUGACCGUUUAUACUGUGUAGGUCUACUUGCACAUUAUUAAAGAUUAGACAAACACUGGUUAAUACUGUACUCUGUCUUUUCUUGACUGUUGUAUGAGUCCAUAUUGAUGCCCAUAUUUAUGAAGAUAAACUCUAGAACAAGUUCACAAUUAGUGCAUGUGUUUUUUUAUGAAUGACAAAGGACUACAAAGGUCAAACAAGUCAAAGGUCAUUUGUUAUUAAAGAUAUUAAAAUAAACGAGUAUCCCUUCUGGUC